AUGGGGCUGUUAGAUCUUCAUCUCAAGCUCAAGACAUUUAGGCUGAGGAGACUUCUAAUGGGAGGUGAGGGAGAUGACAAAGGAAAGACAGCAAGCGGAGGAAAAAGGCCCUCAUGGAUGAUGCCUGCAGUAUCACAUGGAUAUCAUGUAGCGGAAGAUCGGUCAUUUGUUGCAGCACUGAGUAGAGGGUUGGAGUUGGAACCGGACAAAGUUGUUGUACAAAGAGAAGAGAUUCAAGAGAAUGAAUUGUGGUUCUUUGGAGUUUUUGAUGCACGAAUCGGUGAUGGAGUCAGCAAGUACAUUCAGGCACAUUUGUUUGACAAGAAGGUGAAGGAGUCCCACAUGAGGAAGAAGACGGAGGACGCCAUAAAAAGGGCUCAUUUGAAUGUUAGAGCAAAGAUCAGAGAAGCAGAGAAGGUAGAGGAUGCAUGGAAAGUGAGUUCAGCAACGGCAAUUGUAAUCAAUGGGGAAAAGCUUGUCAUAGCUAACAUGGGGGAGUAUAAAGCAGUUUUGUGUAGAGAUGGCAAGGCUUAUCAAAUCAACAGAGAAAAACAAGGAGGGAUUAGAAGACGUUGGUCGCGAAAAUUUAUCCCAGGCAUGAAUCUUCAGUUGAGAAAUUUACUUUCUUUAGCAAAUAAAUCUUAUAAAUGCUCAGAACUCGUGGUGGUAUCUGAAAGAGUAGAGUCUGAUACGGAAUUUCUAAUCUUGGCGAGCAUCGGCAUAUGGGAGGUGAUGAAGCAUCAGGAGGCUGUUAACCUUAUCAGGCAUAUAGAAGAUCCACAGGAAGCUGCUGAUUGCUUAGCAAAAGAGGCUGUAACAAGAAUGAGCAGAAGCAACAUUUCUUGCUUGAUCAUUCGUUUCGAUUGA